UUUAUUGGGCUAUAAACUUAUUAUUUGUCAUGCCUUGGGAUUCAUUAAAACUUUUGAUUUAUAUAAGAUAUAGCAAGCGGUAAAUCUGGAUAUUCUUCCUGAUAAGGUUUGGGGUGAAACAGUAGAUAUUGGAAAACAAUGCUUUCAGAAAUCCGAGUAUUCGUUGCCAUAUUGCUACUGUGGGGUUGUGUUUUCUCCUCCUUGGGCAAAGAUCACUCGACGGCGGGAAGAAGCAGACGACAGACUUCAGUUGUCAAUCAGAGAAGAGUGUGUUUCUACGGCGGCUGGUCGAGAGAGAGGCUGGGUGCGGGCAGGUUUGACGCAAGCUUUAUCAAUGGCACCCUGUGUACCCACGUGGUUUACGCCUUUGCCAAGAUUGUCAACGGAAUAAUGGUACCGGAUAACAAUGACUCCGCCCAGGAAGAAGUGUACUAUGCGGAACUCCAGGCGGUGCGGAACCAGUACCCCCACCUGAAGAUCCUCCUGUCCGUGGGUGGCUGGCUGCUGGGUUCAGGACCAUUCAGCAGUUUUGCCAGGAACUAUUCGCAGCGGCUCACCUUCGCGUCACAUGCCCUAGCUGAUCUCCGGCGGUGGGGGUUCGAUGGACUGGACGUAAACUGGGAAUACCCCGGAUCACGAUAUGGAAGCUCAGCGAUGGACAAAGUCAACUAUGUAGAGCUUCUGAAGGAUAUUUAUUUCGCGUUUGAAGUGGAGGGAAUGAUGACCGGUCUACAGCGACUUUUACUUACGGCUACUGUGCCAGCUGGUAGAAUAGCCAUAGAUAACGGAUUUAACAUACCUGAAAUAUCAAACUGGCUUGACUUCGUCAUUAUUAUGACCUAUGACUACCACGGCUCCUGGCUGCACUCGCCCACAGGCCAUAACGCGCCCCUGUACCCUGAGGAGCAGGAGGUCAACAAAGAACUGAACGUGGACUGGAGUGUGAUGUAUUGGAUUAAACACGGUUACCCCCCUGAACAUAUAGUCCUCGGACUGGCGGCUUACGGGCGGACAUACACCCUGUACAAUGGUAACUGGACGCACAUAGGGGCACCUGCUGCUGGCGGAGGGGGUAUGGGGGAUUACACCAAGACGGACGGGAUCAACGCUUAUUAUGAGAUUUGCAGUAAGCUUGACAACGGGUACAGUUUAGUCUGGAAUGAUGCUCAAAAAGUGCACUACGCCUUCAAUAAUCAGACAAUGGAUUGGGUAGGGUUCGACAGCCCUAAAAGCAUCGCCAUCAAGACGAAAUACGCCAUGUCUCUCGGUCUUGGCGGCAUAAUGAUGUGGUCCUUAGACCUUGACGACUUCGGGGGCAGUUUCUGUAACCAGAGCCAGUAUCCCUUACUGACCGCGGCUUACCUCGUGCAGACGUCAAAUCUCACUGUUGAAGCCGUGGAAAAAAUCUACCCAAUGGAUGGGACAGUCUACCAACCCAAGGUUAGACCGGAGUGCACUUUGAAUUUUACAUGUCCAGAAAUACACGGCCUGUACCCACACCCUUGCCCAGACUCCUGUGAUAGAUUCAUCCAUUGUGCGUUCUACAGACCCAAUGAGAAGAUGUGUCCCCCGGGACUUUUGUAUAGCAAAGAACUGCAGUGGUGCGAGUACCCGUGGAUGGUGACAUGCACCACGUUUUAAUCUGACAUGAUAGUUCCUGGUUUUAAUUUGGUAAUGAUUGUUUCGAUUAAAUACCAUAUUUCGCAACUUUUGAGUUGUCAACUUCGCCAGUCGAGUACCUUUGCAUGUAGCACUUACACUACCAGUGGCAUUAGAGCAUGUAUUUGGUAACGGCACAAUAUCGAUAAGGUGUAAGAAACUGAGUCGAGAUCUAGAAAUACCUGUGGUACUUUAUAUGAUAACAGAGGAAAAUGUAGAAGUUGGUGGAAAAUAACCCUCUCUUAUGCGAAUGCCUAAAACCCUAACCUUUUGUCAUUCUGAAUUUUGUUCGUUGGCAUUUUUAUUUGGUUUAUAAGGAUUUCCCCAGAAUCAUCAUAAACGGCGGUGAAGGAAAGUUAACCUGCAAACAAAGGUCCAGUUUAACAAGGUCUCGAAGUCCAUGUAGUCGUUUCAAAAGUGUUAGAUGAGAAAUCUCUUAUUUCUAAAUUAAUUUUUAUUUCAUCAUUUAUGAAAGGCACAGGAACUGCAUAUUAAUAUUUAAGAGAGUCAGACUACGGGGUUUUUCCAUCUAACGAUAUCAACAGUUUUAUGACGAAUUCCGGUCUUGCAAUUUCUUUGUAGGAUUCUCUAGAGUCAAUACAAAUCAUAAUAUGAAAAAAUGACAUCGAAAUGAAAAAUUGCCAUGAAGGGUCGACUU